AUGGCUGGAUGGGAUGAGACAGACCGAGUGGAAAGGAGACGAUGGGUAAAGAGCAGAAGCGGGGUGGGGGGAAGGAGAGUAGAAUGCAGGUUGAAGAGAAGUAGGGUAAGUAAAAUGGGAGAAGGGGCAUGGGGGAGGGAGUNAAGACCUGUGAUUGGUCGUGAGAAGACUGAGUUAGAACAACAAGUGGAACAGAUUUUCAGGGAUAUUGAAUUUGAGAGAAGUUUGGUGUGCGACUAUGAGAAAAGGCAAAAAUCAGAGGAGAAAUAUCUUGCUGCUCAAGAAGUGAAGAAGCAGGAGAGGAUAAAGAAGGGGUUACAGGAGGUUGAUGAAGAAGAGGAAGCUGUACAUAGAAGGAUACUAUCUUCAGACUUAGAAAAGGCUUGGGCCAAAGAACUGGCAUUUUUCACUCCAGCUGGUAGAUUGACAGAUGCAGAUGCAAGGAAUGACCUUCAGUCAAUCGAGAGAAAAUUGGACAGGUCUUUGUUCCUGAUACUCCAACAUAAGAUUGAUAAUACUACAAAAUGGCUGUUUCCAUACAGUGCCGUAAAAAGGAAUGAAGACAUGAAACAGGCAGCAGGAAGAGCUCUUGGUGCGUCUUGCGGACCAAACCUGCAAGCUGUCAUCAUUGGCAAUGCUCCCUGUGGUUUCUUCAAGUUUAAAUACCCAAAAGAGUUGAGAAGUGACAUCGUUGGAGCCAAGGUAUUUUUCUUUCAUGCUCAUUUCUCUGGAGGACAGUUUUCACAAGAAAAUCCAGAUGUUACAGAUUACAGAUGGGUUACUAAAGACGAACUUAAAGACUUCUUGCAGCCAAGAUAUUGUAACAGGGUGUCCAGAUUUUUAAUGGACGUUUAG